CCUUGAGUGCUGCGAGCCCGGCGGGCCACGACUCUGCCGGGACAGGGUGAGGGUUGAGGCCAUGGGCGACCGCGGCGGCGCGGGCGGCUCCCGGCGCCGGAGGACGGGUUCACGGCCCUCGAGCCAGGGCGGCGGCGGGCCCGCGGAAGAGGAGGUGCGGGACGUGGGCCCCGGGGGGGACGCGCCGGCGCCGGCCCCGGCCCCGGCCCCCGACAAGGACGAGAACAGAGACUCCGACGUGGGCAGCGGCCACUGGGAUCUGAGGUGCCACCGCCUACAAGACUCUUUGUUCAGCUCUGACAGUGGCUUUAGCAACUAUCGUGGGAUCCUGAAUUGGUGUGUGGUGAUGCUGAUCUUGAGCAAUGCACGGUUAUUUUUAGAAAACCUCAUCAAGUACGGCAUCCUGGUGGACCCCAUCCAGGUGGUGUCCCUGUUCCUGAAGGACCCCUACAGCUGGCCUGCCCUGUGUCUAGUUAUUGUGGCCAAUGUCUUUGCUGUGGCUGCGUUCCAGGUGGAGAAGCGCCUGGCGGCGGGUGCCCUGACGGAGCAGGCAGGGCUGCUGCUGCACGUGGUCAACCUGGCCACCAUUCUCUGCUUCCCGGCGGCCGUGGCCUUGCUGCUUGAGUCCAUCACUCCAGUGGGCUCCGUGCUGGCUCUGAUGGUGUACACCAUCCUCUUCCUCAAGCUCGUCUCCUACCGGGAUGUCAACUUGUGGUGCCGAGAGCGAAGGGCCAAGGCCAAGGCCAAGGCGAAGGCCGCUUCUGCAGGUAAGAAGGCCAACGGGGGAGCUGCCCAGCACACUGUGAGCUACCCAGACAACCUGACCUACCGUGAUCUGUACUACUUCCUCUUGGCCCCAACUCUGUGCUAUGAGCUCAACUUUCCCCGCUCUCCCCGAAUCCGAAAGCGCUUCCUGCUGCGGCGGCUCCUUGAGAUGCUGUUUUUGACUCAGCUCCAGGUGGGGCUAAUCCAGCAGUGGAUGGUUCCCACCAUCCAGAACUCCAUGAAGCCUUUCAAGGAUAUGGAUUACUCACGCAUCAUUGAGCGCCUCCUGAAGCUGGCGGUCCCCAAUCACCUCAUCUGGCUCAUCUUCUUCUACUGGUUCUUCCACUCCUGCAUGAACGCCGUGGCGGAGCUCAUGCAGUUUGGAGACCGGGAGUUCUACCGGGACUGGUGGAACUCUGAGUCUGUCACCUACUUCUGGCAGAACUGGAACAUCCCUGUGCACAAGUGGUGCCUCAGACACUUCUACAAGCCCAUGCUUCGACGGGGCAGCAGCAAGUGGGUGGCCAGUACGGGGGUGUUCUUCGCCUCGGCUUUCUUCCACGAGUACCUGGUGAGCAUCCCUCUGCACAUGUUCCGCCUCUGGGCCUUCACAGGCAUGAUGGCUCAGAUCCCCCUGGCCUGGAUAGUGAGCCGCUUCUUCCAGGGUAACUACGGCAACGCAGCCGUGUGGCUGACGCUUAUCAUCGGGCAGCCGGUGGCCGUGCUCAUGUACGUCCACGACUACUACGUGCUCAACUAUGAGGCCCCCGUGGCAGGGGCCUGAGCUGCUCCGAGGCUGGGCCUCCCUGCCACCUCCCGUCACCUCACUGCCCACGAGCCCGCCCCACCUGUGCGCUGGGGAGGGGGCUUGGCUGUCCGUUGUCUCCUCCCAGCCCCAGAAGGCUUCUCCGCCCCCAUGGGGCUCCCUCCUGCCCUGCUCAGGGACGGCAGACCAGGCACAGGCCAGUGUCCCGGAACCUGUGCCGAUCCUGCCCAGGGUGAGGGGAUCAAUAAAGUGCUGUCCGGAGUG